UCCGCCUGCUGACCCUUGGAACGGCGGGCUGUGGGAACCCAGGCCGAGAGCAGUAGUCUGGUCCCUUUGGGCUCUGGAGGCCGGAAUCGGGGACAAGGGGCUGGACCUUGGCCGCAAGAGUUCGUUCUCCCCGUAGCUUUGGAAGAUCCUUGGUCGUCUGGGACUCUGGGGGAUCACAGUGGGGACGGAGGUGGUGCAGUCAGAGAGGCCAUAGCCACCAGGACUUUACACCCUGCGUGAGAGCCAGGAUCCCUGUAGAGUGGGCACGCUGCGGAGAGCAUCAUCUCCUGGAGGCCUAGCCUGGAAGUCCAGACCCCAAGGCUACUUAGCGACCUUGGUGAGGAUGCUCGGCCUUCCCAGAGGCGGCAGAAAGCCAAUGAGUAUCAGUGGAACACAGCUGUCACCAGGCCACAAAUAGCCGCUCAAUAUGACUGGUGGCUGCUCCCCCCACCCCCAUUUGGAAGGCAAACGAGGAAAUCUGCUCCUGGUCUCCUUGGUUGAUGGUGAAGUCGCUGCCAGGUCUCCUGGAAAGGACUUUUCCUUCAGGGGGCAGGACGAGGUGUUAGGAAGUCAGGCUAGCCAUAUGAGCAUCAGAUAGAGAGGGGUCUAUAGCCUUUGUCCCCACGCUGGGACCCAGUGUUGGGUCCUGGAAUCAUGCGAUUAGCGGGGAGCAGACCACGGAAGUGUACUAACUGGAAGCAACUUUAUUCAAAAACACUGCUGGAGCGGUGUGUGUGGGGGGCAACCGACGACUUCUAACUAGCUAGAAAAUUAGUUGGUUUCCCCGAGAAAGAACUAUAAGCUUUUUUCACAGUCAAAGAUUAUGCAUAGGACAGAGAAUACAUAAUGGGAUUUAUGGUGUCUUGGCGUCUUACUAUCUAGGGAGUGCUGUCCUCUGAGCUUGAGCUUGGAGAUUUAUGGUAUUUCAGGAAGGUCCUCCUGAGCUCGAACUAGGGGAUUUACGACCUCUGAUAACAGGGUGUUUGUUCAAAAUGUUCCCUUGUCUGGGAGAAGGCAGGGCAAAGGGUUAAAGCAGCUAUCAGUCCUAAUACAAAUAUGUGUAUAGGCUAUAAGCAUACAACUUUUUCAUAUUCCUGGACUUCUCACGGGAACUCUGAAGAGCAUUGGCUCACCACUACUGCUUCAGGCAUGUCUCCUUUACUUAAGCUUGCUUGAUUGCUGUUUUUAGAAGGAAGAUGGAAAGCGGCACAGUUUUGCUGGAAUCCAAAUCUUCGCCGUUGAACCUUCUGCAUGAGAUGCACGAGCUCCGACUUCUGGGCCACCUUUGUGAUGUCACAGUCAGAGUAGAGUAUCAGGGCGUCCGUGAAGACUUCAUGGCCCAUAAAGCAGUGCUGGCAGCCACCAGCAAGUUUUUUAAGGAGGUGUUCCUGAAUGAGAAGAGUGUAGACGGGACCAGGACUAACGUCUGCUUAAAUGAACUUCAGGUCGUUGACUUUGCUUCAUUUCUGGAGUUUGUCUAUACAGCCAGGGUGCAGGUAGAAGAGGAUCGGGUGCAGCGGAUGCUGGAAGUGGCUGAAAAGCUCAAGUGUUUGGACCUGUCUGAGACAUGCUUUCAGCUCAAGAAGCAGAUGCUGCAGUCAGUCCUUUUGGAAUCACAGAGUUUCUCUGAGUCUCAGGAGGUGGAGGCCAGCAGUGGCCCCCAGGUGAGUGUGACCCCCAGCUCCAAAGCAAGUGUACCAGGGGAGGAUGCUCACUCCAGUGGCCUUGUCGAUACCUCUGACUAUCCAGUAGAGAGUUUUGAUAAUGGUGAUAAUGGCCUCUUGCCAGAAAUACCGUCCAGGAAGUGCAAGGAGAAACUGGACAAGAAGAAAGAUGUGGCUAAGCCUCCCUACCCUAAAAUCAGAAGACCUAGUGGGAGGCUAGCUGGAAGAAAAGUGUUUGUGGAAAUCCCUAAAAAGAAAUAUACAAGAAGGCUCCGAGAGCAACAGACAAACGCGGAGGAGGAAGCUGCAGAGAAUGUCAGGUGUCCCCAGGACCAAAGCCCAGACCAGGAAAGGAUAGAGAUGGAACCAGCUUCCAAAAAUGAGGCUUCCCCGGCUGGCAUGAAACUGGAGCAAAGCCUGCAGAAAGUGGAGGGGGAGAAGGAGGAGGAGGAAGGGAAGGAUGGGGAGAAGAAGAGCAACUUCCAGUGCACAGUCUGUGAGAAGGCCUUCCUGUAUGAGAAGAGUUUCCUGAAACAUAUCAGGCACCACCACGGCGUGGCCACCGAAGUCGUGUACCGAUGUGACACCUGUGGCCAGACCUUUGCCAACCGCUGCAACCUGAAGAGCCACCAGCGCCACGUGCACAGCAGUGAGCGCCACUUUCCGUGUGAGCUGUGUGCCAAGAAGUUCAAGCGUAAGAAGGACGUGAAACGGCACGUGCUGCAGGUGCACGAGGGUGGUGGCGAGCGGCACCGCUGCGACCUGUGUGGCAAGGGCCUAAGCUCCAAGACUUCUCUGCGGAUGCAUGAGCGCACACACACGGGCGACAGGCCCUAUGGCUGCACCAAGUGUGAGGCCAAGUUCUCCCAGCCCUCGGCGCUGAAGACCCACAUGAGAAUUCAUACAGGGGAAAGACCUUUUAUCUGUGAUGAAUGUGGUGCAAGAUUCACUCAGAACCACAUGCUGAUUUAUCAUAAAAGGUGCCACACAGGUGAAAGGCCUUUCAUGUGUGAGACAUGUGGCAAGAGUUUUGCUUCUAAGGAGUACUUAAAACACCAUAAUAGAAUCCACACUGGAUCUAAACCCUUUAAAUGUGAAGUGUGUUUGCGGACCUUUGCCCAGCGGAAUUCCCUUUACCAGCAUGCUAAAAUCCACACAGGAGAGCGGCCUUAUUGUUGUGACCAGUGUGGGAAGCAGUUCACCCAGGUAAAUGCCCUCCAGCGCCACCAUCGCAUCCACACGGGAGAGAAACCGUUCAUGUGCAAUGCGUGUGGGCGAACGUUUACUGACAAGUCCACUCUCCGGAGGCACACCUCGAUACACGAUAAGAACACGCCAUGGAAGUCUUUCCUUGUCAUUGUGGACGGCUCACCCAAGAAUGACGAAGGACAUGCAACAGAACAACCCGAUGAUGAAUAUGUAUCACCUAAACUUUCAGGCAGAUUAUUAUCUUUUGGUGAAAAUAGCCAUUUUAACAACCUAUUGGAAGUUCAAGGCAGUGUGCCUGCCAUGCAGGAGAAUAGUUCCACAGACACUGCUUGCAAAACAGUGGUGUCUCAGGAUGCUCUACUCACCACUACCAUCAGUGAGCUUGGUGAGCUGACGUCACAGACAGGCUCAAUACCUGCACACCUUCCCACAUUGACCAACAUGGAGUGAGAGCUUGUCGUUGUGUGCUGAACAGUCUGUGUAACUGCCGUAUUCCAGGUGACGCCAGGGGCUGAGAAAGAAAGUUGUCUGUCCAGAGAUAUAGGCAAGACUGGCCUUGAACAUUUCCCCAAACUUCCAUGACCUUGCACGCCUGUAUCACACUCAAAGCUUUUCCAUAAACAUUCUGAUCUGCAUGAUCUUAGCUACAUUUCAUCAGCAGAUAUGGUACUUAGCACCAAUCACUUAACCCUGGUGUAGCUGUACAUGUCAGUGACACUAAUGCUUGAUUCCCUUGUGUCCAAACCACUGCUUGUCUUAAUCACAGAGUACACAGCAUUGCCCCAGCUUGGGAAAGUGCUGUUCGUGUCUCCUGGUCUCGCCCUGCCUUAUACUUCCAUGUGUGUUUACUUCACUCUGAUCCUCUUAGGGCAUUUUUCUACAAACUUAGCUAUUUCUUCCUUACUGAGAUAAAAGAGAAUAGAAUUUGUUCUGGGGACCCUAAGAUGGAACUGAAGGUUGCAUUUAUUCCUCACUAACCCCCUAAUUUGUACACACGAAGAGGAAUGACAUACUGAACGUUUUCUGUGUAGUACCUUAGCAUGUGUGCAGGUAGGGAGUCGGUCAUAAAAUUCAACCUGGGAUGAGAUGUGGCUGUUAAUUUCAUUUCCUAAAUCAGAUUAAGUCAAAGCUGUCCUACCAAAGAAUCUAGCAAAAUCGUUGUCUCGUUUGCAGAGGUGUGAGAAAUGAAGAGGAGGUGUCAGAACAUUUGACUAGUCGCAUUUUUACAACCAGCCUGCUGAGUGAGCCUGGCAAAUCUCAAGUACUCCGCCAGGUUUUUCUAUAACGUCCAGAGUCCCCAAAGCACCUGCUUCCACAGUGGAAGGUGACACAGACAAGUAACUGCUAUAAAACCACCUCUAGGAGCAUGUAAGGAGCUAGAGCAGUGGUUCUCAACCUGUGGGUAGUGACCCUUCCAUGGGUUUCUAUAGCAUAUUAACAUUACAAUUCAGAACAGCAGCAUAAUUACAGUUAUUUAAGUAGCAACAAAAGUAAUUUUAGGGUUGGAGGUAACCACAACAUGAAGAACUGUAUUAAAGGGUUGCAGAAUUAGGACGGUUGAGAACCACUGAUUUAGAGGGUACCAGAAACCUUGGCAUGCUCAAUUCCUAUGCCUUAACAAGUGGAUAAAGAACCAGAAAUGUCUCCAAUGUUCCUUUGGCUUUCUCAUGCUGAAUUAUUGCUCAGCAAACUUCACUAUGAAAAAUGCAUUCUGUGGCAUUUGCUAUUCCUGAUGUAUGAACACAGGGCCUUGGGUAUAUGGACAUUCGCCAUGUGUGACCCUUAAGCAUUAAUUUUAAGAGCGCCUUAAUGGGAGAAUUAUUCAGCUUUCUAGUUGAUGUUUCCUGUUUUUAACUUAUUAAGCUUGCUAUGAGAACACUCUGGUUUCUAAGAGGAAGAUACCUUAAGUUCAGAAUGAAGACUGAGCACUAUAAUAGAAACUAAGGGUCCUUCCACAGUGCCGACUUUAUGGUAACACCUUCAAGAAAGCCAUUAAAGCUGCCAAAAGGUGUUCCAGGCACUUAUAAUAUUUCAAACUUGCUCUUGAAGGUUCAGGGCUGAAUUAUCUCACAUUCAGUAUGACCUGGCUAUCCUAGUUGUGUUUACAGACAGAAACAAACAAAAGGCUAGUGACUGGCACAUGAUCAUUUUAACUGGUAAGAGCAAACCUGCCCAGCUGAUAUACUGUGUUAUGGAAUAAAGUCAUCUUGAUGAGAAGGAAUUUAAACAAUAGAUUAUUUUGUUACUUAUUGGAAGAACUGUCUUGAAUUUGUUUCUUUCAAAGUUCUAAAUAAAAUUGUUUAAUGUGUUAAUAAAUGUCUUUGUAAAGGU